GUUAAGAGGAUGCACAAAAAAAACAAGAGAUGCCCCCCAAAAAAAGGAAAAACAGAUGAUCAAACACAACUGUCUGAGGAGACGGUGACCCCGGCGAGUAGAGAGGGAGGGAGGCAGAGCCGAGCUGGAGGGAGGAACUUUCUUUACUUCAUCUCAUGAAGCGUGUCAGACGUUAGCAGAGGAGUGUCUCUGCAAGCCCGGAGCCGAGGCACAGACUCAGAGUGAGAGAAAGAGGGAUUUUUUUUUUCUGCUUUCUCUUUUAUAGACAUAUAUGCGAUUGAGGCGACAGGAGAAGACCCUCCUGUCUGCGGGUCAGCUGGCGAGAAAAGAUGAAGAACCAAAUCACCAGCGCCCUGUCUGACUUCUUCUUCGAGUACGAGACCCCUCGCCAGGUGCUGGUGAGGAACAGGAGGGUGGGAGUGGUGUGCCGGCUCAUCCAGCUGGGGGUCCUGGUUUACAUCAUCGGGUGGGUCUUCAUCUAUGAGAAGGGCUACCAGUCCACAGACACGGCAGUGAGCUCCGUGCUCACCAAAAUGAAGGGAGUGGGCUACACUAACGUGAGCGGGAUUGAGACCGUCUGGGACGUGGCCGACUACGUCUUCCCUCCUCAGGGAGACUCAUCUUUCGUAGUGAUGACUAACUACAUCAUUACCGAAGGUCAAAAGAUGGGAAAAUGCCCAGAGCUUAAAGGGAUGCACGACUGCACAUCCAACGCCGACUGCGUAGGAGGGAGUUUCAAACGUACGGGACACGGACAAAUGACUGGAGUCUGUGUCAACAAAACACAAACCUGUGAGGUGCUAGCAUGGUGCCCAAUUGAGGACGACCACACUAUUCCGAAUCCUCCUCUUCUGAUAUCCGCAGAAAACUACACGCUUUUCAUCAAAAACUCUGUAACCUUCCCUUUAUUUGGAGUCACCAGGAGUAACUUGGUGGAGGGAAUUGAUGGUAACUACAUCGGCAAAUGCCUUUUCCAUCCAAAGAAAGAACCACUCUGUCCAAUAUUCAAACUGGGAGAUAUAGUUAAACUGUCUGGCUUCAGCUUUGAAAAAUUAGCCCAAGAGGGAGGGGCUAUUGGCAUUGUCGUCGACUGGACAUGUAACUUCGACGUUGAUGUAAAACACUGUAAGCCAGAGUACAACUUUCACGGUCUCUAUGGAAACCCAAGUGAGACCGAUAGCGCCAGUGCGUCGGUUGGGUAUAACUUCAGGUAUGCAAAGCAUUAUAUGGAGGAUAAAAUUCCCAAGAGAACCCUCCUUAAAGUUUUUGGCAUCAGGUUUGAUGUCAUUGUGAAGUCACUGCUGUGUCCUUUAAAGGCAAGAAAAUUUGACAUAAUCCCAACACUCACAGCAAUAGGCUCAGGCGUGGGGAUUUUUGGAGUGGCAACUGUUGUUUGUGACUUGGUGCUGCUUUACUUGCUACCAAAAAGGGAGUUUUAUAAGAACAUGAAGUUCAAAUAUACAGACACACAAACACAGCAGGACAAUGAGUCAAUCGAUUUAGACUCUAACGCCUAUUACACCUUUGAAGCAAAUUCAAGACAAGUUCAAGACGAAGACAAGCCCAAUCAGGAUCCUGAUUCAGAGGUAGGAUCCACAGAGGCUGAGAAGUGAUCUGGGAGCAAAGAAGGCAGCGUGCAAGCUGCUUCAUAAAGUGAACUGCACAGAAACAACGUCAUGGGAAACGGGGGGGAAAACUCACGCACACCAACUCUGGACGGACCUCUGAGAAAAUAAGACAUUGUUUCUCGCUGAUCCUCAGCAGCAUCUUCAACCAGAGACCUCCUCCCACUCAAAAAGCCAACAUGACUGACUGUAAUCAUUACCGUUUAAUGUCGAGCCAUCUAUUUCCAAGCUGUAUGUGUAUUUUUUUUGGUGUUUGUUGUUCCCAAGAAGGGUGUAACCUCCACAACUCGAAUCAUGCCUGCAAACAAACGGUUGAGAGAAGAAGAUGCGGUACGUUGGUGUUCUGUGUGGACAAAUCGUUCAUCACCUCCGUCAGAGUCCCCGUCACUCCACAUAAAAAAACAGACCAAACUUGUGUUUGCAUUUGCCGCCACAGCGAUUCACCCCAUGUGUACACAUGUGACGAAGAGUUGAACUAAAUUAAACAAGUUCUUCAACCGUU